GUUCAGCUUCGGACGACAAGCGACAGGCGAGCGGAACAGUCGGAGGACUGGAGGACGAAGAGAGAGAAAUCGAGUGUUAGAGAGAGAGAGAGAGAGAGAGAGAGAGAGAGAGGGAGAGAUGCAUUCUUUCGGUUACAGAGCCAACGCUCUGCUCACCGUCGCAGUGACGAUCCUCGCGCUGAUGUGCGCGAUCGCCUCUCUCUCCGACAACUUCAACUCGCCGACUCCCUCCGCUCAAGUCCAGGUGUUGAAUAUCAAUUGGUUUCAGAAGCACCAGGAUGGAAACGAUGAGAUCAGCUUGACGUUAAACAUUUCUGCCAAUUUACAGUCUCUGUUCACAUGGAACACUAAGCAGGUAUUUGUCUUUCUAGCAGCAGAGUAUGAGACGCCAAUGAAUUCAUUGAACCAGGUAUCACUGUGGGAUGGUAUUAUCCCCGCUAAAGAGCACGCGAAGUUUUGGAUCCACACGUCAAACAAAUACCGGUUUAUUGAUCAGGGAAGUAAUCUCCGAGGAAAAGAUUUCAACCUUACAUUACACUGGCAUGUAAUGCCAAAGACUGGAAAGAUGUUUGCUGAUAAAAUAGUAAUGUCUGGGUACCGCUUGCCACAGGAUUAUCGAUGAUGAUAGCAGUUUGCUUGUUCUGCUGUAACUUUAAGUCUUUCCAUGUGAGACGAUGUAGGUCAAAUGACCAGGAUAGAAACUUUGGAAAAGUUUUGCUACUCUAGAUGGAAUUGAGAAUGACACUAUCCCGUCAAAAUUGUCGCGGAGAAGGUUUCUUCUCGUUCCGGCAUAUGCUUCUCUUUUCUAGUUAACACAUAUUGGGAUGGAAGCGGUCCAACUAUCUGUGCAACUCGAUUGAUUCGAUUUUCAUUUCCAACGUAAUAAACCUAGCAUGACUUUCAUAGUUAUCGA